AAAAAAAAAAAAUCAAGAUAAUACCCCAUUAGGCAUGGGCAGAGGUUCAUCUCACAGGUGAUUAUAGAUUCUAUCAAGUUGAAAGUUAACUAUUACAACAGUCUGCCCUGUAGGUCAGUAUUGAAAGCCAUCAGUUUUGCCAUGUAGGGUUAGGUCCAUAUGUAUUACAUCUCAGGAUGUUAUAUACAUUCUUGUGUAGUUAUGUGUAGGCUUGUCUAUAUGUCCUUCCUAUCUAUACUAUGUCCCACUCAUUCUAACUCGGGGGCCUCUUUUUUGUCCUCUGACUAGAAACCCCUGCUGUGCUUGCUCCAACAUUUCAUGACUGGGUCCAUCAUAGGCCUGGCAUAGAGCUUGGGGUAUGAGAGAGUACAAUCUCCAGGCUCUAAGCCAGUCCUCGAGUGAGGAAGCAUUCCUUCUGAAUUUGGUGCUUUUGAAGUUACUACCACCAUCAUAGAGUUUCAGCUUGAGUUUGCCCAGGGUAGGCCCAGCAAAGACAGAAACUAAUAAUAAUAAUAAUUAGCAGGGCGUUUUCCCCUUUCUGUCUUGUGUGGAUUUCACUACACUUUCCUAAGGUCAGGUGCUUCUUAUCUACACUUGGGCUCAGGCCACUUUUGAGUUCAGGCAGGAGAUAAAGAAUAAAAAGUAGUAAUUGGGAAGCCCACCUUCAGGAAAAUCACCCAGAGUCUGCAUUCCUUCCAUAUUCUGCUGCUUGCUGUGUCUGAGUUUCCAGGUUCACAUGGAUUGAGUGGAGGCAUGUGACCCAUCUAUUUUGGGGGAAAGAUUGGGUUUAUUCAUGGGCAUCUACCAAUCCAAAGGCCCAGAGGGCUCCUGCAUUGUUGCCAUUUCUUGUCAGAGAGCAUUAAGUGGCAACUUGGAGGAGAAUCUUUGGUGAUAUUGAAGACCGUCAACUGCUAUGUACUGUGGUAGCAAAAAAAAAUUUUUUUCAGUGCUGGAGAUGUAAUCCAGGACCUUGCACAUACUUGGCAGUGCUCUCCUAUUAAGCUACACCUCAGCCCUCGACUGUUCUGUUAUGCCAGUAUGGAAACUAUAACCUGUGCCCUGCUUUGUUCUAGGAUUUGAGACUCUGGAGGAGCAACACUGCUGACCUCAGGCAUCUCCUUCCACUAAGCCAUGGCGACCCCAGAUGUGAGCGUCCACAUGGAGGAGGUGGUGGUUGUGACAACUCCAGACACUGCAGUUGACGGCAGUGGUGUGGAGGAAGUGAAGACAGUGCUUGUAACAACAAAUCUAGCCCCUCAUGGGGGUGACUUGACAGAAGAUAACAUGGAAACAGAAAAUGCAGCUGCUGCAGCUGCCGCAGCCUUCACAGCCUCUUCACAGCUCAAGGAAGCAGUGUUAGUGAAGAUGGCUGAAGAGGGGGAGAACUUAGAGGCUGAAAUUGUGUACCCCAUUACUUGCGGAGACAGCAGAGCUAACCUCAUUUGGAGGAAGUUUGUGUGUCCUGGCAUCAAUGUGAAAUGUGUUCAGUACGAUGAGCAUGUGAUCAGCCCAAAGGAGUUUGUGCACCUGGCAGGGAAAUCUACCUUGAAGGAUUGGAAGAGAGCCAUCCGGAUGAACGGCAUCAUGCUCAGGAAGAUCAUGGACUCUGGGGAGCUCGACUUCUACCAGCAUGACAAGGUCUGCUCUAAUACCUGUCGCAGCACAAAGAUUGACCUCUCCGGGGCCCGUGUGUCCCUGAGCAGCCCGACAUCCACAGAGUACAUUCCACUCACACCAGCUGCAGCUGAUGUGAAUGGCUCACCUGCUACCAUCACCAUAGAGACCUGUGAGGACCCCGGUGACUGGACCACAGCCAUUGGAGAUGACACAUUUGCAUUCUGGCGGGGACUGAAGGAUGCAGGCUUACUUGAUGAAGUCAUACAGGAAUUCCAACAGGAGCUGGAGGAAACCAUGAAAGGCCUGCAGCAGCGAGUACAGGACCCACCCCUGCAGCUCCGAGAUGCUGUCCUCCUCAACAACAUUGUGCAAAACUUUGGCAUGCUGGAUCUGGUGAAGAAGGUGCUGGCCAGCCAUAAGUGCCAGAUGGACCGCUCUCGGGAACAGUAUGCCCGGGACCUGGCAGCCCUGGAACAGCAGUGUGAUGAGCACCGUCGCCGUGCCAAGGAGCUGAAGCACAAGUCCCAGCACCUCAGCAAUGUGCUCAUGACGCUGACGCCAGUCUCCCUGCCAUCCCCUAUGAAGCGGCCCCGUCUUGCACGAGCUACAUCCGGACCAGCUGCUAUGGCUUCCCAGGUGCUUACACAGUCUGCACAGAUUGCUCUUGGUCCAGGAAUGCCUGUGUCCCAGCUGACCAGUAUGCCACUUAGCAAAGUGGUAUCUACACUGCCCUCCACUGUCUUGGGUAAGGGUUCUCCUCAAGCUGCCCCAGCCAGUUCACCGGCCUCCCCACUGCUUGGGGGCUACACAGUCCUGGCCUCCUCUGGCUCUACCUUCCCCGGCACGGUGGAGAUCCAUCCGGACACAUCCAGCCUCACAGUUCUGAGCACAGCUGCCAUGCAGGAUGGCAGCACAGUACUCAAGGUGGUCAGCCCACUGCAGCUGCUCACUCUGCCUGGCCUGGGACCCACCCUGCAGAAUGUGGCCCAGGCCUCACCUGCAGGCAGCACCAUCAUGACAGUGCCCACAGCAGCUGCUACUGGACCUGAGGAACACACAGCCACUAUUGAGGUAGCUGCUGUAGCGGAUGACCAUGAGCAGAAGUAGCUGGCAGGGAGGGUAAGAUCCUUCCAAGUUGGGCUGGCUGCCUCUCCUCAGGCCACUGCAGGCAGAGGCCACUACAGACACAGGCCACAGGGCUGGCUCAGCACAGGCAGGUCUGAUGGGCUGAACCAAAGAGAGGAUUGCCGGAUGAAUCAAGAGAAGAAAAGGGGGCGGAAUGAUGCCAGCAACCUGGAAAAUCAGUCUUCAGCUUCUAAACUUCUUCCCUUUUUUUUGUGGGAAAUACUGUUUUCCAUCUGUUGCUUAUUAAUCCUGUUUACACAUUGGGCCUUGAGCAGGAACCAGGGGGUCAGUGACCAGGAGGAGGCCUGGGUGCUUCUGGUUCAACUGCAGAGCCCACUCCAGAGCCCAGCUGAUCACAGGUCGGAGUGCUUGCACCCCAAUGGGGCUGAGCCUGCUGGGCCAUUAUUGACACAGGUCUUGGGCAGCAUGCCCGAGUGUGGAAGCCAUAGAUCCUAUGGAUUUGGUCUCUUCCCACAGUUCUCUGUAGGUUCAGUAUGGCCAGUGUCCAUGUUCCUUCGCUGUGGGAACAUGCUCUGGGGCUUAGUGCAGACCCGAGUCAGGACCCCUUCCUACCCCACAGGCACUCAGGUGAUGAAGGGGUCUCAUGGACCUGGUAUGUUCUAGACCCCUUUGCACAUGGGCUGUGUUUUUAAGUAAAUUGCUUAGUAGGCUUCUAGGAAAAAAGUGAAUUUAUAGUGUUUUCAACCAAAACAAUGCUGAGUGCCUAGGCUCCCGAGUCAGUUCUGGGAGGGACCCAGACCACCUGUCCACACACCUAGCCGCUGCUAGAGGUCUUAGGUAGUGUCUGUCUCUGAGACAAAGCUCUGGAGGAUCUGUAUGGAGGUAUGCCUGAGACUUGGGGUAGUUCAGAUAACUCCCUAUGUGCAGCCUGCACUUAUAGCCCCCUAGAGUAGUGCCCCUAAAUUUUCCCUGGAGGUAGAGCAGGACCUCUCUGGUCAAUACUCAGUGUCUCUAUUCUGAGAGCCCCUGGGUGUGUGAGAAGGCUGUUUAGAAUUGGAGGGUCAGUCAGCUGGGAGAUAGAAUCCAGAAUGUUCCAUGGAAGGCUGUCUGUAGGCAGUUUUUACAGGUUUGGUUGGUUCCAUGCAAAGGGCUAUCCUCUAGGCCAGAGUCCUUGGAGCCAAACAAUUCAGGGAACAGAGUUUUGGCCUCUUGGUAAGGUAUGUUCUGGGAUAGCCCUAAGGUGCCUCUUGAACCUCCUGUUCUGUCAACUGAAGGCUUUCCUUUCAAAGGCCCCACAGCAGGGUGGGACCACUGUCCCAUUUCUCUGCUUUGAAGGGAACUGGUUAACUUUUUGUCCAUCCAUCCAUCCCUCUUGAGUGCCCAGAUCCUUUUACACCUUUGCUAUGACUGGGGCCUUGCCUGCCCCUGCUCUCACCCCAUGUCAAGCUACUGAGGUUCUAGCUCUUGUUUUCCUUCUGUUACAUCAUUGUUCACUGUGGUCAUGAAUCGGCUGGUUUUGGCAGAUGUUUACCUGUUUAUGUAUAUAUCCCUUUUUAAAAACUUUUUUUUCCUUGAGUUACAAGUCCUGUUAAAUGCAGCUAUGUGAUUCUAGGGGUACUGGAAGGUCCAGUAGGAUGGGUACUGUCCAGAAGUCCCUGCUCUACAAGCUCAGACUAGAUUAGUGUCACAAAUAAAACCUUCCUGCCCUGGGAACCAAGAGCCUUUCCUUGGCACAAGUCCCAGGUGCCACCACCUUUUGGGGAUGUGGGCCAGUUUCCUUUCUUCGUAAGAGCAAGGUCGAAACCUUUUCAGCCCUUGACCUUUGGCACAUGGAGGUACUGGAAGGUGAAAUUCGUUUUAGAGCCAUACAAAAAUAACCCUCGAAUCACACAACCCAUUCCCAGUGUCCCCAGAGGCUGUCCAUAGCCCACCCUUCCAAGACUGUUCCCGGCAGGCCAGGGAGGGUUCUGCAGGGCAGAGACGGGCCAGUAGUCCCAUCGGCAUGGAACUUACAGUUCUGGGGGUGGAAGUGACCAUUGCCCACCACCUGUUUGCUCCUGCCCCUUGUGGUUCCUACUGACUCCUCUGUUGCUGCAUUCCCCGCCCACUGAGCCAUCCAGGAUCCAGGAAUGAAGGUCUUCCCCUCCACAUGCGAACAUGGGUGCUUGUGGCUGCUUUCAGUUUGGUUUUCUGAGGAAACAGGAAGGAUUUGGUUUGCAGAGGGUGCAGCUCCUUCCUAUGCCUGCCCAGGAGGCAUGCAGGGAAGGGCAAGUUUGAGUUCCUUGAGUUCUACUUUGUAUGUUGUUAAGCAAGUAUCUGCUUGGUACUUUGAUUUAAAAUAAAAACACUUUUGUAAUUUG